UACAAGCAACAUUUAUUGAUUUGACUAAAACCCACCUUGUUUAAACGCUCAUAAAAAUAUAAAACAGAUGUUUUAAAUUCUUAAUUCCUAUAAUAUAAAGAGGAAGAAAUACAAGUAUCAUGCUAAUAUGAUCUUCAAGUGGGGAAAGACUUGGCAUAAAAAUGCAUAGAUAUAAUCGCAUCCUUAUGACCCUAAAAGAGCGUUGUUAAUUGUUAAAACACGAUUAGGAAAUACCGAUAUUAAAUAUACCAAUCUUACAGAACUAUAUACAUUUUGUCAAUUUCCUAGUUAAACAAAAUGUUAUAACAUGCUCAAAGGACAAUGUUAGUGAUUGGCAAAUGCAUUUAUAUUCUUAUCUUGAUAAUGAUAGUGUUUUGAUUUGCAAUAGAUGAAACAUAUAUAAAUUUAAACAGUUUUAAAAAAUACUUGUGAAAACAUAACGGGGUAAAGUUUUAAGACUGUUAUAUCAACUAAAAGGCAAGGAAAUUUUGGAGCAAAAGCAUUUGUUGAAUAUCCAGACAUAUAAAUACAGCAAUACUUUGGUACUGGAUGUAGUUAAAGCUAUUUACAAAAUGAAAAAGUUGUAAUAUGUGCAGAAAACAAAAUAACCAUUAUUUUAAUGUAUGUUAAUUUAAAUUGCAGUGACACCCAUAGUUUAAGGAGUAAUACCAUAGUGUACCAUCAUGCCAAGAUUAAAUGCUGUUCACUAUGAAACAUAUGCAUCAUAAAACUAAGGUGAUUUAAUGAGCAUAUUUUACGGUAUGCUGUUAAAUAGAUGUUUUAUGGUGUCGGUAUAUUGAGUAUGUAAAUAUAACGUACAAACAAUGUGUUAAAGUAAAAGUCUUCAAGGCAUGGGCAAAAUAAAAAAAAUAUCAAGAGUAAUAUAAGCAUCCUCUAUAAUAAACUGCAAAUUCAGUUCAAGCAUAUUUGGUCUAAAAAUGCAUGAAAGAAAAAUUCAAGUGUUUGUUGGUUUUCUGCUAUCGUUAGCAACUCAGGGUGAGUUGCAUAGAAUGUAAUUAAAUGAUUUUUAUCAUAAGUUUAAAAUUUUACAUUUAACAGCUAACCAAACAACUGUUGUCGUUGGCGACUUGGAAUAUGUGUUAUACCGGUUUGAUGACCAAACUGGACGACUUAGUUUCAAUGAUGCAAAUACUGCUUGUGUAAAUAUUGGUGGUGAACUUGCUUUGAUCAAUACUGAAGCAAUACAGAAUGCAAUACAACAACAACUUGAACUGUGGAAGGGUCAACCAAAUAAUGGCUGGACACAAUGGGUCAGAGGUUAUUGGAUUGGAGGAUCUUGUAGUGAUAGUUGCAAGAUUGGUAAUGGAGGUUCAGUGUCAAACCAAGUAAACUGGAAAUGGGCCGAUGGUAGUGAAAUGUAUGAUGGAUACACAAACUGGUAUUCAAACCUGGAACCUAAUGGUGGUUCAAACGUUGCAGUAUAUGUUUAUAACUUUGAUGAUAUGUCAGGAUAUCCAAAUACAUUUGGAACAUGGGGAGAUGAAUCUGUUAAUAGUUUAAAGAACUACAUUUGCCAAAGAGAUGACCGUUGUGAUCCAGACCCAUGUCAGAACGGUGGUACAUGUCAGAAUACACCAAGUGGUAGUUACACUUGUCAUUGUGCACCUGGGUUUGGUAAACCAAAUUGUAAAACAGAUUCAUGCAACCCUAGUCCUUGUCAAAAUGGUGGCACUUGUGUUAGAACUAAUGGUGGAUAUAAAUGUAAUUGUCCAGUAGGAGUGAUUGGUACAAAUUGUGAAACAGAUUUAUGCGACUCUAGUCCUUGUCAAAAUGGUGGCACAUGUAUUGGAACCAUUACUGGAUAUGAAUGUAGUUGCCCUGUUGGUUUUAUUGGUACACAUUGUGAAACAGAUUAUUGCAACCCUAGUCCUUGUCAAAAUGGUGGAACUUGUGUAGGAACUGAUGGUGGUUAUAAAUGUGACUGCCCGGUUGGAGUUGUCGGUUUAAAUUGUGAAACAGAUUAUUGCAACCCUAGUCUUUGUCAAAAUGGUGGAAUUUGUAUUGGAACUGAUGGUGGAUAUCAAUGUGAUUGCAAAGUUGGAUUUAAUGGUACAGAUUGUGAAACAGAUUUUUGUGCAAGUAAUCCAUGUAACAACGGUGGCAGUUGUAUUGGAACUGGUGGUGGAUAUAUAUGCAGUUGUCCAGUGGGUUUUAACGGAGCAAAUUGUGAAACAGAUAUAUGUGCCUCUAAUUCUUGUCAAAAUGGUGGAACUUGCAUUGGAAUUGAUGUUGGAUAUGAAUGCAGUUGUCCAAAUGGAUUUAAUGGCACAGAUUGUGAAACAGAUUUUUGUGAUGUGGUCUUGUGCCAAAAUGGAGGAACAUGUCACCAUGCUGCUGUUACUGGUUUCGUGUGUGAAUGUAAGAAAGGCUACGAAGGGACAACUUGCCAAAUAGACCCCUGCUUUAACCGCACAUGCGAAAACAACGGAACAUGUUAUAUUAGUAAUUACACAUCACUGUGUAACUGCAAGGGUGGAUAUGAAGGAAACAACUGUGAACUUAUCAUUGUUGAAACUGUAGAUAAUACAUGGAUACCAAUAGUAGCUGGUACAUUGGGCGGCGUUGCUCUGCUAGUUAUCAUUGCUGUGAUUGUGUAUUGCUGUUUAAAACAAAGAAUGAAACCAGAUUCAAAAGAUUUAAAGACAAACAAGGACAAUAACAACAUCUCUAAUGUAUCAACCGAAGGUAAUAUAAAGCAACUUAAUUGCCGUUUAAUUUGCACAAAAUUGCUUUAA